CCGUGUUCUACUGAUUCUCUUAGUCUCUGAAGAUCCAGCCGAUAUAAAGUUGAGCCGGGUCGUUUUAUUAAUGUGCAAUAGAACGGUGAUGGCGGUAGAUACUUCAGUAGGAAUGACGUGGUUGAUAGUGGCAGUAGAAAAUGAAAACAGAUGCCGGAGUAGACUCUUGGCGUACUCGAUCGGGGUCCGGGAUGGUUAAAAUAUCCUCGUGCAAUGGAGUUAAUAUAUUAGAAUCGUCAGGAAAAAUAUUGAGAAAUGGUCUAGUGAAUUAUCAAUUAGAAAAUACUGAAUAACGUCGUAGUCCUGAUGCCCUGAAUUGUGACUCUUGGAAAUGAUGCUACCGAUACGUGGUUUAGUACUAUUCAAGAAACGACUUAAGUAUCGGCAGAUUCGGAAGCUUCUUAGAGGCAUCGUCGAGUAAGAUGAGCAAGAGCGUGGAGCUGCUUGCCGGUUCGGAGGACGGUGAGCCAAGUUCUGAUCACUCUGGAACUGAAGAAAGAACGAGACUGAAUCUUAACGGAAACAGACAGCUGUCAAGAAGUGCCACAGAACUUCGUGAUAAGAAUAGUAUACCUGGUAGAGAGUCCCCUUUAGUGGGAACGCAACCGUCCUCCUCUUCAUCCAUACGUCAAGACGUUCAUCCAAGCGUCGUUCAUCAUCAUCAUCAUCGACACGCGACCGUGGCGCAGAGAACGCAUACAUUCUUCGCGACUCUUAAGAGUCGCUGGUCCAGGAGUCGCAGCAAGGAGAGAAAGAAAUCGAGGGAUUCCUCGAGUCAGCUUCAUGACUCAAUUAGAACUUCCAACUCUAGGAUUGCUGGAGGAGAAUCUGAUCGUGAUUACGCUGCCGAUUACUCCAGCGAGCACAGUAGAAGUUCCUCAGCCACCCAAAGUCCAGCCAGGCACGCGCUAGGUCAUCAUCCUGGGGAAUCACCAUUGGCAAGGAUCGCUGGAGUCGUAAAUAACCAGUCAGGCCAGGGCAGCAGCAGGUAUCAACGAGGCGACAACGCCGAGGGCUCCUGGGAAGGAGUUAGUGGCGAGUUCCGAAAUUCCAGAGAUGAAGGUUUGAAAGAAUGGCUUCCUCGUCAAGGGAGUCAGGACGCUACUGAGAUCCUCCUGCAAGAUGAAGAGUCCCAUAAACGAGAACUUGCUCUGAGACAACAUGCCUUCUUCCAACUACGAUUGCACAUCAGAAGGGGGUCGAACCUCGUCGCUAUGGACAGGUGUGGGGCCAGCGAUCCUUACGUCAAGAUCAAGUGCUCCGGACGAUUGUUGCACAAGUCUAGGACUGUCCAUAGGGAUUUGAACCCUGUCUGGGAUGAAAGCGUGACCCUUCCCAUAGAGGACCCUUUUCAACCUCUCACUAUAAAGGUCUUCGACUACGACUGGGGCUUGCAGGAUGAUUUUAUGGGUGCUGCCCAGUUGGAUUUAACUCAGUUAGAUCUUGGCCAUUCGCAGGACAUCGUCCUGGAGCUGAAGGAUCCAGCACGACCUCGACAGCAUUUAGGUGAGAUUUUUCUCACGGCAACUUUAUGGCCAAGAAAUCAACAAGAUAAAGAACAGUACUUUCAGAGGAGCAGUCGGCUGGCAGACGUGAAUCGAAGGUUAAAAUCACAGAUAUGGAGUUCUGUGGUGACGAUAGUUCUCGUGGAGGCGAAGAAUCUCCUGCCAAUGGAUAUAGAGGGUCUCUCUGAUCCUUACGUUAAGUUUCGAUUGGGUACAGAAAAGUAUAAAUCGAAAAUAGCAAUGAAGACACUAAAUCCUGUGUGGCUGGAGCAAUUCGACUUUCACCUCUACGAAGAUCCUUACCUGGGGCAGGAACUUGAGGUAACUGUCUGGGAUCGGGAUAAGAGUCAUCAGGAUGAACUCAUGGGUAGGACCAUCAUCGAUCUGGCAACUCUUGAACGGGAAACAACGCACCGAUUGUGGAGAGAACUUGAGGAUGGUGCUGGUAGCAUAUUUCUACUCCUGACUAUAAGUGGCACCACUGCUAGUGAAACAAUUAGUGAUCUUGCUGCCCACGAAGAGAAUCCUCAUGAACGUACUCAACUUUUUCAACGAUAUUCCAUUUUUAACAGCUUUCAGAGACCACGCGAUGUUGGCCACCUUACCGUCAAGGUAUACCGGGCACAAGGACUUGCUGCUGCUGAUCUUGGUGGUAAGAGUGAUCCAUUUUGUGUUCUUGAACUGGUAAAUGCAAGAUUGCAAACUCAGACGGAAUAUAAGACCCUGGCGCCAAAUUGGCAGAAGAUCUUCACCUUCAACGUUAAAGAUAUCAAUUCUGUGCUGGAGGUGACUGUCUACGACGAGGAUCGAGAUCAUAAGGUCGAGUUCCUUGGGAAAGUAGCGAUACCUCUAUUGAGAAUUCAUAAUGGAGAAAAACGAUGGUAUGCUUUGAAAGAUAAAAAACUUAGGGGACGUGCCAAGGGUAACUCACCACAGAUCCUCCUGGAGAUGACAGUCGUGUGGAAUGUUUUGAGAGCUUGCAUCAGAACAAUCAAUCCCAAGGAAACGAAAUAUAUGGAGCCGGAGAUCAAGUUUAAGAGACAGCUCUUCUUGAAGAAUGUUCUUCGACUGAAAGCCAUAAUUUUGAUAUUUAUCAAUAUGGGCAAAUAUAUUCAGAGUUGCUGGGAGUGGGAAAAGAAGUCGCGGAGCAUCCUGGCCCUCAUCCUGUUCGUUCUAGGUUGUUACUACUUCGAACCUUAUAUGAUACCCACAGCAGCUCUUCUUAUCCUCGUGAAAUAUUAUUUGGUCGCCCUGGUAACUGGGGCUCCGCUAUCUCAUCAAAAUUACACUCUUCAGCUCCAGCAAUCGCAUCACCACCAAGAUCAUGGGGAUGCUGCUUCGGACGAAUGCCCUCCAACACCUGGGGACGAUGAUGACGACGAGGAUGACAAGGACAAGGAGGAGAAAAAGAGUUUGAAGGAAAGACUCCAGGCGAUCCAGGAAGUGACGCAGACCGUGCAAAACUCCAUUGGAUACAUCGCCAGUUUAGCAGAGAGAGUGAAGAAUCUAUUCAACUUUACCGUACCAUAUCUGAGCUACGUGGCGAUGAUGCUCGCCAUCCUUGGCGUGGCUGUUCUGUAUUUAAUUCCUGUGCGGUACCUCAUCCUGGCCUGGGGUGUCAACAAGUUCUCGAGGAAAAUACUAAGGCCCCAUUCCGUUCCCAAUAAUGAGCUGCUUGACCUGAUUUCACGGGUCCCUGAUGAUGAGGAACUUUUGAAUUACAGAGAACUUAAAGCCAUACCGACUGCAGAUUGUGAACGUGGAAGCGCAUUUAGCUGUAGUUCCUCGGGUGGUACUGUUAGCGGUAACCCCAGUGGAAUUGGAAGUGGUGCCCAUAGAAGGGAACAAAGAAAGAAGCACAAACCUGCGUAACACAGUGCCCCACCGCGGCCGGAUAUAGCGGUUCCGCGGACACCAAGUAUACUAAAGAAGAUCCUUACCCGCCAACGAAAACUACUGUUGUUGGGCCGACAGAGUUUCACGAGCUCCUCCGAUGCGCUCACAAUUAACUGACUGUAUUGCUCGUGCCAUUCUCUGAGCUAUCAGGAAAUGAGCUUGGCUCUCGAGGAUGAUCUUACAAUUACAAAUUCUACCAUAUCCAGGCGACAUUCCGGUUUUGUAUAACCAAUUUGGUACUAAGAUGGUUCCAAGUUGGUACCAGGACUUAAUCACGACGUAUCUCGUGGCUGCAAAUAGCAUCGAUGCGAUCAAUUUACAUGGGCUUCCUUUUAUGGUAGCCUUCCACACCUUUUAUGCCAUUAUUCUCAAUGCACUUAACAUCUCUUCUCGUUAGACCUAGCUCUUUACAUGACUUAGUAUUACUUCAAGUCUCUUUACGCGUCUUAAUCUUUUAUUAUGAUCAUGCUCGAUUGCUAUUAACAAAUAUUGAUCGUUAUUGAUCACUCUCCAAUUCGCAGAAGGACUGGUCAUGCGAGAUUCUUCCAAGAUUCUUCAUAACAAGUGACCUUUUGCUAAAACGAACGAAAGGAAUAAAAGGAGAGUAUUUAUCCUUCUCAUCUUUUCGCCGUUUGCAAAUUUUAGCAAUUUUUGCCAAUUUUUCGGCAAUUCUCGUAACAACGCAUCAAUCUACCAGACGUUUUAUUCUCUAGGUAUUACUAAGAGAACAAUGACGACGAAAACAAAGACGAUGAUCAUAUAAUUAAUGUGAUAAGGGAAUAAGAACCGUUAUUAUAUUAAUUGAUAAUAGAAUUAAAUAUAGUAUUGAAUAUUAGUUUUCAUUACCCAGAAAAAUUGAAUCGAUGUAACAGUGAUCGAUUACAAUUUUACUAUAAAUUCUGAUAUAUUGUGAUAAUUUAAUCUUAAUGCAUCAGGUAUGCACAAAGAGAUAUUUAAAAACUUUUUUGACAUCUCUGUAAGUGGUGGAUAUUGAAUAAAAGCUGAAAAUUCAUCAAUGAAA